CAAACUUGUCAGCACUUGGCAGUCGCAUGAGGUGGUGCAUAUAUAUCAGCCCAGCCACUCUUCACUUAUGCGCUUCGUAACGCUAGAGGUCUUGGCCUUUUGAUUAACCUAUUGUUGGUAAGGUGUUUCUAAUACUGCGCCAUGCACACCCGGCUAUGCUAUCAAUAGCGGCUGUCUGCGUCUACAGAAGGACGCAUAAUGCUCUCCUGAUGCUUUGGUGGUGUCUUAUCCUUAUUUCGACUGCGACCAUGUUGACGCGGCCGCGGUCUUGGAUGCCGCUUCAUUCAGAGGCGGAGUCGUCGGUCUCACUGACACGGCAGUCUUAAUUCGCAUAUAAUGAUGAGACUUCUCGCUCGGGCACGGGAGUCUCUACAUCCUACCCAAGACUCAGUUCAGGUAUCCUGCAAUACGAGCGGCAUCACAUCGCUAUAAGUGCCAGGCCUCGACAUCUCGUGCUGGAGUCAUGUAUCGCCUCAAUCUUCUCUGGCCACUUCUGCUUCAAGUGGCAACUACAUUUGCUCAGUUUACGACAACAUGUUUUGAUGGUAAUGUCUGCUACCGACUCAACAUUCCUCAGCAAACAGCAGACGAUGGCCAGGGCGACAUCUUUCUCCAAGUCACUGCGCCCACAGCCUUCUCCUGGGUGGCUAUAGGACAGGGAAGUGGCAUGGCCGGCUCACACAUGUUCAUCGUGUAUGCAGCAAGCGCCGACAACGUCACAGUCUCGCCACGUCUUGGGGUUGGAGAGGUUGAGCCGGUAUACACCCCCGACACCCAGCUCACCGUGCUGGAGGGCUCGGGCAUCGCAGAUGGUGUCAUGACAGCCAACAUUCGCUGUUCCAACUGCGAGUCCUGGUCGGGAGGAAGCAUGUCCUUCUCUGCAGCCUCAGCACAAUGGAUCCACGCUGCACACGCUGGUCCCCCUCUCGACUCAACCAGUCCGACGGAGCGCCUUUCCCAGCACAACGCCGGAGACUCACACUUCGACUGGGACAUGUCCACAGCCGUCGGUGGAUCCUCUUUAAAUCCCUUCGUCGACGCUGCCACUGCCCCAUCUCCGUCAGACAACCCUAUAAUCAACACUAUAACAGAACCAUUCCCCCCCGCCGUCCUCCUCGCACACGCCGUAUGCGCCUGCCUCGCAAUGCUCCUCCUCUUCCCCCUCGGCUCCAUCAGCAUACGCAUCCCAGGCAUCAAACAUGCCCUCUACAUCCACGCCGGCAUCCAACUUACCGCACUCCUAACACUCACCGCCGGCGCUGCAUGUGGCAUCUACGUCGCCGCCGUCGACGGCUACCUCCGCACCCCGCAUGCCAUCAUCGGCCUCGUCGUGCUCAGCCUGCUUCUCCUCGUCCAACCGCUCCUCGGCAUGCUACACCACCGCCGUUUCGCACAGCUGCACCGCCGCACGUCCGUCUCGCACAUGCACAUCUGGCUCGGCCGCGGCGCCAUCACGCUCGGCAUCGUAAACGGCGGGCUUGGCUUGCAGCUCACGGGUGGCAACAAGGAGUGGAAUAUUGUGUACGGCGUUGUUGCCGCGGUGGUGUGGGUCAGCUGGAUGGGUGUUGCGGGAUGGGCAGAGGUCAGGAGGGUGCGUGGACAAAGUGCUGGAGUGGAAAAUAGGGGGGGUAUCGGGAAGGUGUCUGGUGGGAAUGGGAAUGGGCUGGGAUCGAUGGAGAGCGUGGGAUCAGGGAGGGGCAUGGCAGCGUAGAGAUGUUGGGCUCGAUGAUGCAUGAAGUUA